ACCUUGCGGAGAGUACAGUGUUACAUUGUCGCCAUCUUGAGAGAUUUUUAGUUGGGGAGAAGAAGGAAAGUCGAAGGAGCUGCGCUCGCUCUCUCUCUCUACCAUCAACCCCACUGGACACAGGUCGACCUUCUCACGAUACUAUUGUCCUCCAGAGACAGGCAGAGUAAUUUUUGUUGGCACCGAAUUGCAAUAGGAAAGCGUGAGUGAACCAUGAGUGGAGGAGGUAUUCCGUAUCUGGGCAGCAAGAUAAGCCUCAUCUCCAAGGCUGAGAUACGUUACGAAGGCAUUCUCUAUACUAUCGACCCACAUGAAUCCACUGUUGCUCUUGCCAAAGUAAGAUCUUUUGGUACUGAAGAUCGUCCUACUGACCGUCCUGUUGCCCCAAGAGAUGAAGUUUUUGAAUAUAUAAUAUUCAGAGGUAGUGACAUUAAAGACAUCCAUGUCUGUCAACCUCCGAAGCCACAGCCUUUGCAAGGACUACCGCAAGACCCUGCUAUUGUGAAGUCAUCCCAGCCAGUGACAACAACUUCGUCUUAUCCUCAACAACAGCAGCAGCAGCAGCAACAGCAGCCACAACAUACUUACAGCGGUCAAUCUUAUCAACCUUUUGGAGGAGCUCAGCUUUAUGGCGGUCAGUAUCUCCAUUCUGGUGGCCAGCAUUCCUAUCACGGUUCUGGCCAAUUUUCUCUUCCAGGUUCCUUUAUUCGCAGUUAUGCCCGUCAUACGACUCGGGACCAAGGCAUUCAAGUAGAUCCCCAGCAAAUUAGGAAAUCUGUUUCUCGUGGUCCUACCCCACCCGUUGGGCGCAAAUCCCCGACAACUGAUCAAGGAACUCAGAUCAAUGUGGAUGAUAAGAUGCAGCAUCACCAGCAGCAGCAGCAGAUGUCUCCCACAGAUCGUCGAGAUAAACGCUACAAUAAUCAGAAAGAUCAGCAGGCAAACCGGACCACAACAUUCACUCGUGGACGAGGGGGUAGAGGGGUUCCAAGAGGCCGACCCCGAGGAAUGUCUCGAGGUAUGCCAAGAGGCAGAGGGAACUCCAGACAACCUUCAGAACCUCUCAAAUUUGAGAAUGACUACGAUUUUGAGAGUGCCAAUGCUGAAUUUGAAGAAGUAGAAAAGGAACUAAAGAAGUUAACACUGAAUGAAAAGAAUCCCACUCCUAUUGUGAAUGGAGAAAAACCAGAAACUGAAGAGGAACCAGAAGUUCCAAAGAAAGAUGUGAAGAAGGAUGAAGAAACGGUGUAUUAUGAUAAAACUAAAUCUUUCUUUGAUAACAUCAGCUGUGAGGCAACUGAGCGUGAACAUGGUCGUGUAAAUAGAACAAGUUGGCGAGAAGAACGGAAACUGAAUGCAGAAACUUUUGGAGUGUCAGAACGUUAUCGUGGUAGGGGCAGAGGCAUGAGAGGUCGAGGUGGUUUCCGAGGUCGAAGGGGGAGAGCUCCUUUUUAUCCAUCAGGUAGAGGAAUGAACCGUGGUAAUUACAGAGGAAACUUCCGACGAAAUUCCGGAAAUACUGGUUGGGGUGAUUCUAGUUGGGCAGAUAACCAACACAAUGAAGCAAACAACGUAAAUGGUGAAAAAGCUCUGAACAAGAGGCCCAUUGCUGUUUUCACCUAAUCAUCUCAAUACUGAAAAAACAACAACAAAAAAAAGCAUCGGACAUCGAAGUAGUCAGAUUUUGAAACCUUUCCAACUCAUUGCUGCCAUUUUUGUUUGGAACGGAAGCAGGGAAGCAACCAGUUAACUACCUUGUCUGGCUCUGUCCAGGAAGAGAGGAGCUAACAGAUGGGGACAGAACUACUGACAGCUUGCCAUUGACAGGUGCAAUAAAUCCAGUCACAACAGAUUUACUUAAAAUAUAUAUUUAUAUAUACAGAAUCUACAUGUAUAUAUAACCCCUGACCCUAAAUUUUUUUACCUCCUGAAAACACCUGCAAAAAAUAUUUAAAAGAAACAUUACAGGAAAAUACCUGCUAGUAGAAAGUUGUGUAAAUAGAACAGCCACUUUGUGUUGUUAGCAGGCAAACAGCGACCAGGAUUGAAAACUUAAAAGCCCAAAUCUCAUGGUUGGAUGGUAUUUAGAAAGGGCUCAUUGCUUGUCUCCCCCUUGUCCUCAAACCCUCUCAUCAUCAGACUAUUUAAGGUUCUGAUAAUAUUGUUGGGACAUUGUCCAGAGGGUAGUUAAAUGUAGCUUAUUUUAUUUUAUUUUAUUGGGGCUUUUUUUUUAUUUUUUUUUUUAUUUCAUGGACUUUUUUUUGGGGUUUCUUUGUGUUUGCUUCCUAAAAACCCUGGCAGUAGAAUCAGUGCUUUAUUUGUGUAAAGCAGGGAAAACUAAGGAUGUGCUAUAUCAAUAUUAUUAAAGAGUUUAGUGUUAUUUUAAUUGAAUUUCUUCCGGAAAUGACUGUAUUCCCUGCUUUCAUUUUUUAUGAAAGUUGAAUAAGCAGAGGUAGUGGCCAUGCUACAUCUAACUGCCUUUGAAGUGCAACUCUUAUAUUUCAACGUACAAACCAUCUGGGGAAGGGAUUGAUUUUUCUUUAACUCCAGCUACCAAGUUGGUGGCAGUUUUUGAGGACCUGUUGAGGGUUGAGAAUAAUUUAAAGGCUCAAAAUGACUGACUUCGUAAAGGUAUGGAUGGAAAUUUACUAGAAAGAGGAAUAAGCCAUUCUCUUAAGGUUCCUGGGACAAAGUAGUUGCUAAUGACCAAAAACUGUUGGCAUCUCAGAACUGACCAGUUUAGUCAGUUUGGCAGGACUGGGGAGGGGGGAAAACAACUUUACCUACCAAACACUCCAAUGUUAAGAUACUACACAACUCCUCCUCCUCUAAUUAAAAGACAUUUGCAGAAUA